AUGACGUCGUUUGAAACUUUGUAUGGAAGGAAAUAUAGAACGCCACUGUACUGGUCAGAGUUGAGCGAACUUAAGCUCAUUGGUACAGAUUUGAUACAAGAAACGGAGGAUAAAGUACAAAUAAUUCAUAAUUGCUUAAAAGCGACGUUUGAUCAUCAAAAGUCUUAUGCAGAUUUAAAAUGGAAGGAUAUAGAGUUUACCAUUGGCGACGGUGUAUUUCUAAAAGUCUCUCCUUUGAGAAAGGUGCUACGAUUCGGGAAAAAGCGAAAACUGAGUCCGAGGAUUAUUGGACCAUAUGAGAUUACUGAGAGAGUUGGUCCUGUAGCAUACAGAUUAGUGUUGCCCUCAGAACUUGAGAAGAUUAAUAAUGUCUUUCACGUUUCCAUGUUGAGACAAUACCGUUCAAACCCUUCACAUGUGGUUACUCCCUCUGAGAUUGAGAUACUGUCGGACUUAUUGUAUUUUGAAGGACUAAGCAGGGUUUUGGUACGUGAAGUAAAAGAACAAUGGAAUAAGAAAGUACCACUAGUUAAAGUUUUAUGGAACCGUCACAAGGUAGAAGAAGCUAUUUGGGAGACUGAAGACUCAAUGAGAUCACAGUACCCAGAUCUAUUUACUAGUAAGAAAUUUUGGGGACAAAAUUUCCAAAGAGGGGGAGAGCUAUAA